GAGUAAGUCUCCUUCCUGACUUUCUUACGUUUCUUCUUCUCCCCGUCGGCGGGCGCUGACACCUUGGAUGUCUUCUUGCCAGCCUUCUUCUCAGUGGAUUUCGAUGGGGCUUUGGAAGCGGUGGCAGCAGGAGCCUUUCCAGCGGUGGAGGCUGGAGCUUUGCCAGCGGUGGAUGCAGGUUUGGGAGCCAUCGGUGUCUGACGGUGGAGACUGUAGAAGUUGGGGACUAGAAACAGAAUCUGUGUGUUGAAUAACGUUUAUAACAGACACGUCGAUUUGCGGUUCUUUGGUUCCUCUCAACAAACGCUCCAUCAGCAAGUGCCAUCAGUCACACUGUGACUUGACGCGUCAAUAUAAACUUGACCAUCUUUGGCCAGGCCUGGUUUUCUCUUGCCUGCCACCAUCUCACUUCUCACUCUACUUCAUCCCACCUAAUCAGUCCCCUAUCGAUAUCGACAUGUCUGGCAAAGUUAGUGGCAAAUCCAAGUCUGGCAAGGCUGCCGGUGCCAGCAGCGACUCGAAAGCUCAGUCGCGCUCCUCCAAAGCCGGUCUUCAGUUUCCGGUCGGUCGUAUCCAUCGUUUACUGAAGAAGGGGAACUAUGCUCAGCGUGUCGGUGCUGGCGCUCCUGUUUACCUGGCCGCUGUCCUCGAAUAUCUUGCGGCUGAAAUCCUGGAACUGGCUGGCAAUGCCGCUCGUGAUAACAAGAAGCAUCGUAUUGUGCCGCGUCACCUUCAGCUUGCUAUUCGCAAUGACGAGGAGCUGGGCAAACUCUUGGGCUCUGUAGUCAUCUCGCAAGGAGGGGUGGUACCCCAUAUCGAUCCUUCUCUGCUGCCGACAGCGACAAAGAAAGGCAAAGGCGCUGCAUCGCAGGAGAUGUAGACCUAACUUCGAAGUUCCGUUUCUCCGUAUCAGCAUCUCUGUACACAUUUUUGGUGCUUGCAUCCUAUGCCACAUGCCGAUUCCCACCUUGAUAAUCAGAUUGUAAUGACUUGCUGCUGCAGAAUAAGUGUCGAAUGCAAUGAAUACAGUGGUAGAGGCGGCUGAGUUGAGUUGAG